AUGGUUCAUUUAGUGGUGCAGAUCAUUGGAUUUCUCUGUGGAUGCAUCGGUAUGAUUCUUGUCUGGGUGAUUACAUUAAUGCCUCAGUGGAAGGUGUCUGUCAUUUUUGAAAAUCAAGGAUCUCUAAAUAUCCGACCUGAUGGACAGUGGAUCAGUCGCUUUGAUGGCCUGUGGAGCACCUGCGUUAAUCAAGCUCAGAACAAACAACAGUGUAAAAGCUAUGACUCCAUGGUUUCGGUCACAGAAGACCUAAAAGCUGGACGGGUACUGAUGAGUUUUGCGGUUAUAUUGAGUUUUCUGGCCUUUAUGUUCUCCUUUAUUGGGCUGAUGCUCACUAGAUAUCAAAAUAAGUAUGGAAAGCACUGCAUUAUUCUAACAUCGGGAAUCCUGUACAUUGUGAGUGUUGUUUUGAUGCUUAUUCCAGUGAUCUGGGUGACUACCAACAUUGUCCGCCAAGCCUGUGAACCUUUAUGCAAAGGAGGAUUCAGGAUUGAGCUUGGAGAAGCCUUGUUCCUUGCCUGGCCGGCUGUUGGAUUUCUUCUUGUUGGAGGCAUAAUAUUAUGCUGGGCUUGUCCAAGUAGGCACCAACAAGAAACAUGCAUCUAUACCACACCCCAGGAUCAAGGAGUAGCUUGCAGAGUACGUCCAACACAAGGAGAACUUUCAGAUUGCUACAACAAGAUUGAGUAUAUUUAA